AUGACUGCUUUAGACUAUGUUAUGUUUUCUAAACUUUGACCUUUAAUCCCUAAGUACAAACUUCGGAUUUUGUUUAUUAAACGAAAUAAAGCUUUUUUAUUAUUCCCGAGUCCAGAUCUAACUGUUGUGUGUGUUAUUAGUGUUCAUCGAACAAUUAAAAGACUUUCAAAAUGAGUCUUGUACUUGAAUUCCUGCUGACCUUUGCCUUAUCCAUUUGGUAUUGGAUUGUGGGUAUUUUUAAAGCCGUUGUUCCACAAAAAUUUCUGAAACAGAAAAAUGUCAAAGGUCAAGUUGUGCUUGUAACAGGGGCAGGCAGUGGUCUUGGUCGACUAAUCAGCUUAAGGUUUGCCUGUCUUGGCUGUAAGCUUGUCUUGUGGGACAUUGAUGAGAAUGGCAAUAGAGAGACUUACAAUCAGGUCAAGGCUAUCACUUCUGAGGUCAAGGCUUACAAGGUGGAUUUGUCCAAGAGAGAAGACAUUUAUGAGACAGCUGUGCAAGUCAAGUCAGAUAUUGGAGAUGUUGACAUACUGGUUAACAAUGCUGGUAUUGUGACAGGCAAGAAGUUUCUAGAAUGUCCUGAUGUAUUGAUUGAGAAAACAAUGGCUGUCAAUAGUAAUGCACAUUUUUGGACUACCAAAAGUUUCCUGCCUUCCAUGUUAUCACGUAACCAUGGUCACAUUGUCAGUAUAGCCAGCUCUGCAGGGCUUUUUGGAGUCAGUGGACUAUGUGACUAUAGUGCAAGCAAAUUUGCAGCUGUUGGCUUUGAUGAAUCUUUAAGAAAUGAGCUGCAAAAACAGAAAAAAACUGGAGUUAAGACAACAGUUGUCUGCCCAUUUUACAUCAAUACAGGAAUGUUUACUGGAGUCAAGAGCAGAUUUCCAUCUUUGCUCCCACUUCUAGAUGCUGACCAUGUUGUGGAUAGAAUUAUUACUGCAGUCUUGACUAAUCAGGAAAUGCUGUUAAUUCCAAGAAGUAUUUAUCUGUUCUAUUUGUUGAAAGGCCUGGUACCUGUCAAAGUGGUGGAAGUUUUGAGCAACUUUUUUAGUGUGCAUGACUCAAUGGAUGACUUUGUUGGUCGCAGCAAACAGAAUUAAACCUGUCCAAGUUGUGCAAGUUUUAGUGAGCAUGAGUCUGGACAUUUACUUUAUCAUGAGACUGGACAUUCACUUCAUCAUGAGACUGGACAUUCACUUCAUCAAGAGACUGAACAGAUUCACUUCAUCAUGAGACUGAACAGAUUCACUUCAUCAUGAGUCUGAACAGAUUCACUUCAUCAUGAGACUGAACAGAUUCACUUCAUCAUGAGACUGAACAGAUUCACUUCAUCAUGAGACUGAACAGAUUAACUUCAUCAUUAGACUGGACAGAUUCACUUCAUCGUGAGACUGAACAGAUUCACUUCAUCAUGAGACUGAACAGAUUCACUUCAUCAUUAGACUGGACUGAUUCAAUUCAUCAUGAGACUGAACAGAUUUACUUCAUCAUGAGACUGAACAGAUUCACUUCAUCAUGAGACUGAACAGAUUCACUUCAUCAUUAGACUGGACAGAUUCACUUCAUCAUGAGACUGGACAUAUUCACUUCAUCAUGAGACUGAACAGAUUCACUUCAUCAUUAGACUGGACUGAUUCACUUCAUCAUGAGACUGAACAGAUUUACUUCAUCAUGAGACUGAACAGAUUCACUUCAUCAUGAGACUGAACAGAUUCACUUCAUCAUGAGACUGAACAGAUUCACUUCAUCAUGAGACUGAACAGAUUCACUUCAUCAUUAGACUGGACAGAUUCACUUCAUCAUGAGACUGGACAGAUUCACUUCAUCAUGAGACUGGACAGAUUCACUUCAUCAUGAGACUGAACAGAUUUACUUCAUCAUGAGACUGAACAGAUUCACUUCAUCAUGAGACUGAACAGAUUCACUUCAUCAUGAGACUGAACAGAUUCACUUCAUCAUGAGACUGAACAGAUUCACUUCAUCAUUAGACUGGACAGAUUCACUUCAUCAUGAGACUGGACAGAUUCACUUCAUCAUGAGACUGAAUAGAUUCACUUCACCUUAGACUGGACAGAUUCACUUCAUCAUGAGACUGAAAAGAUUCACUUCAUCAUGAGACUGAACAGAUUCACUUCAUCAUGAGACUGAACAGAUUCACUUCAUCAUUAGACUGGACAGAUUCACUUCAUCAUGAGACUGGACAGAUUCACUUCAUCAUGAGACUGAAUAGAUUCACUUCACCUUAGACUGGACAGAUUCACUUCAUCAUGAAACUGGACAUUUCUAAUUCACUGCAGACUUGAGAAAUGUCCAUUAAAAAGUAGGAAUGUUUCCAUCAUGUACGUAGUUUGUUUCCUCUCACUUUUGACCAUCUGUAUUAUUUGUACAAUUGACUUUUUUAAACUGACCAGCCAUGUAGUCCUUGCUGAAUGACCUUCUUCCUCUAGACAUGCGUGCUUUUUUUGACAUUCUGACCACUUGGAAUUGGCUGGUGAUGUCCUGCAGGCUCUAAACCUUAGAAAACAAAAAGAAAAAUUGAUGACUUUUAAAACUGGAUAGUCACAUACGACUUUUAAAACAAGAUAGUCACAUAUGAUUUUUACAAUCGGAUAUUCAAAUAUGACUUUUAUAACAGGAUAGUCAAAGUUUUUACAAAAAUUCCACAGGAAGAGUUAUUAUUCUCUAGAUAUUAUUCAAAGAAAGACUUUUGGGUGGGGGGGGGGCAUUUUGGAACUGAUAAUAAACUUUGAGCCCGAAUACUUUUUUUUUCUUAGUUGACUUCCCAACCUUUCCUCAACCUGAAAUUUUCUCUGCUAUAAAAACAUUUCGGGCCUAGAGAGAGACUCUCUCGAGGGACUUCAGGACAUACACCGCCAACGUUUCUCCAUAUCACAUUAGUAUCCGCUUGAAUCUUAAACUCUGCACGUUCUGGAGGAAGCGAUCACAUAGCCAAUAAAACUUUCAGAUCUCAGAGGUCUAGCCCCCAUAAGUUCCUUAGAAAUAGCUAUACCAAAGCAAAUAGGCCUAUAAAUGCUUCCAUUGUUCCAAUCCUUAAGCAAAGCAAAGACGCGACUAACGUUGAGUGCUACAGUCCCAUUUCACUCACCUCCACAGUAGGCCAAAUUGACCAACGGAUGGUCUAUUGGCGGCUUGUAUGCUAUUAUAGUAUCAUAGCACCAGAGUAGGCCGGCUGUAGGGAAGGCAUGAGCCUGAUAGACCAGGUCACUGCACAAGAAGUUGCUGAUGGGUUCUAGUGGUCUGAGAGCUUAUGCAGUAUUUAUCGACAUAAAACAGGCACAUCCCAUCGUGUGUGGAAGUCAAGGCUUCUAUCUCAAACUUAAAGCCAUGGGUGUGCAUGAUCUACAACGAGUUCCAGAGUGGGUCCCAAUCAGAAUGACUUUCAACUUUUAUCGAGGAUCAAUCAGAAUGACUUUCAACUUUUAUCGAGGAUCAAUCAGAAUGACUUUCAACUUUUAUCGAGGAUCAAUUAGAAUGACUUUCAACUUUUAUCGAGGAUCAAUUAGAAUGACUUUCAACUUUUAUCGAGGAUCAAUUAGAAUGACUACACUUUCAACUUUUAUCGAGGAUCAAUCAGAAUGACUACACUUUAAACUUUUAUCGAGGAUCAAUCAGAAUGACUACACUUUCAACUUUUAUUGAGGAUCAAUUAGAAUGACUACACUUUCAACUUUUAUCGAGGAUCAAUUAGAAUGACUACACUUUCAACUUUUAUCGAGGAUCAAUUAGAAUGACUACACUUUCAUCUUAUAUCGAGGAUCAAUCAGAAUGACUACACUUUAAACUUUUAUCGAGGAUCAAUUAGAAUGACUACACUUUAAACUUUUAUCGAGGAUCAGUUAGAAUGACUACACUUUCAACUUUUAUCGAGGAUCAAUCAGAAUGACUACACUUUCAACUUUUAUCGAGGAUCAAUCAGAAUGACUACACUUUAAACUUUUAACGAAGAUCAAUUAGAAUGACUACACUUUCAACUUUUAUCGAGGAUCAAUUAGAAUGACUACACUUUCAACUUUUAUCGAGGAUCAAUUAGAAUGACUACACUUUUAACGAAGAUCAAUUAGAAUGACUACACUUUCAACUUUUAUCGAGGAUCAAUCAGAAUGACUACACUUUCAACUUUUAUCGAGGAUCAAUCAGAAUGACUACACUUUCAACUUUUAUCGAGGAUCAAUUAGAAUGACUACACUUUCAACUUUUAUCGAGGAUCAAUUAGAAUGACUACACUUUCAACUUUUAUCGAGGAUCAAUUAGAAUGACUACACUUUCAACUUUUAUCGAGGAUCAAUUAGAAUGACUACACUUUCAACUUUUAUCGAGGAUCAAUCAGAAUGACUACACUUUCAACUUUUAUCGAGGAUCAAUUAGAAUGACUACACUUUCAACUUUUACCGAGGAUCAAUUAGAAUGACUACACUUUCAACUUUUAUCAAGGAUCAAUCAGAAUGACUACACUUUCAACUUUUAUCGAUGAUCAAUUAGAAUGACUACACUUUCAACUUUUAUCGAGGAUCAAUUAGAAUGACUACACUUUCAACUUUUAUCGAGGAUCAAUUAGAAUGACUACACUUUAAACUUUUAUCGAGGAUCAAUUAGAAUGACUACUCUUUCAACUUUUAUCGAGGAUCAAUUAGAAUGACUACACUUUCAACUUUUAUCGAGGAUCAAUUAGAAUGACUACACUUUAAACUUUUAUCGAGGAUCAAUUAGAAUGACUACUCUUUCAACUUUUAUCGAGGAUCAAUUAGAAUGACUACACUUUCAACUUUUAUCGAGGAUCAAUCAGAAUGACUACACUUUCAACUUUUAUCGAGGAUCAAUUAGAAUGACUACACUUUCAACUUUUAUCGAGGAUCAAUCAGAAUGACUACACUUUCAACUUUUAUCGAGGAUCAAUUAGAAUGACUACACUUUCAACUUUUAUCGAGGAUCAAUUAGAAUGACUACACUUUCAACUUUUAUCGAGGAUCAAUUAGAAUGACUACACUUUCAACUUUUAUCGAGGAUCAAUCAGAAUGACUACACUUUCAACUUUUAUCGAGGAUCAAUUAGAAUGACUACACUUUCAACUUUUAUCGAGGAUCAAUUAGAAUGACUACACUUUCAACUUUUAUCGAGGAUCAAUUAGAAUGACUACACUUUCAACUUUUAUCGAGGAUCAAUUAGAAUGACUACACUUUAAACGAGGCGCAAUUAGAAUGCUUACAUAUAAAACCCUUCACUAAAACUCUUCACUAAAACCCUUCACUAAAACCCUUCACUAAAACCCUUCACUAAAACUCUAUAACGAGGGUCAAUUGGAGGGCAAUGGAAGUCUUGGCGGGAGUCAACUAGAGUCCCCCCCCCCCCACUUAAGAAAGGUCCCAGAUCGUGCGUAAAGUUAUCCCCAUUUCGUUGAAGUCCAAUGUUGGCAAGACGGCGGAACGCAUGAUCAACAGAAGGCUCGUGUGGUUUUCUUGCUCGUGAACAGGGUGGGUUCAGGCAGCAACGCUAGAAGGCAGUGAAUGUGUCGAGGAAACUUCCACUGGAGCAGGGUGUGCAGCAGGGAUCGGCACUCAGCUGUACACUCUUCCUUGCAUAAAAAGGACUUACCUGGCCUACUGAAAUGACAAAAGCUGUUGUUUGUAGACGACUUUAUGUUGUGGGAGUCAGGCAUGGACCGUAAACAGCUCAGUGAUACCCUCCAGCAGGCACUGGCAAUGGUAUACAGCUACGCCAGAUUGUGGUGAACCAGGUGAAGUCGGUUUACUCUUGGCUUACGCUCGGACGUGAUAUUCUUAUGGAGCCAGUUAAGCUUCGAAUGGACGUCAAGAUUCUAUCGUGGGACAGAAAGCCCAAGUACCGCGGGGUGAUCCUCGAUCAGAAACUAUGUGCCACCAUAUUCAGCCUGUACGUGACUCAGUCUCUGAGAGGCUGAGCAUCGUAAAGACGCUAACUGGAACAAAGUGUGGUGCGAGAGAAGUGUUGAAGGCUCUCUACAUGGGCGCAGUGUGUUCUCAAUUGGAGUUCAGUCUACCUGUUGCAUCUCCGACGUUCCUAGCGGCCCUGCUUCAUGCAUGUGGCGCGUGGGCUGGUCAGAGAGAUGAAUCUGCCGGUGGAGCGGGCUGCUCUUUCCCAGUCCGGUUCUUUCUUCCUGAUGGAUGCUCUCGGCAUGCCGACGAUACGGAAGUGCCUACUUGACCCAGUGGUAACAAGGCAGAGUUAUCCUACACGGCUACUACAUGCAGCCAGAGAGGCUAUCGCAUCGUAUCCAGCUGCAGUGACCACCAUCAACGCAGACGACUCUGUACUGACGCUCGAGGGCACUGUGAGAGCUGGGUAUGGGUCAGUAGUCCGAUUCUCUGGCACCCCCAAAAGAGACGAGCUCAUGGAACCCUGCCAGGAGAAAAGCAGCCUCGAGGCUGAACUGGAGGCAAUGUUCCAGGCACUGGAAUGGGUGGAAAGAAAAAAUACGAAGCGGGGCUGCGCCAGCCAACAACGUGAUCUUCUUUACAGACUCGAUGUCCGCACUAGAGGCCUGGGGCUAGAAGAAGCUGUCAGAAGGGUUUGGGACCUCCUCACGGUCGGGGAGCGUCUCCUAUGAUUCGGUGUGAGCAUUACCUUACAAUUUAGUUAGUUAGUGCCCGCCCCCAUUGUGCUCUAGUCGGCCACGAGCGCGCCCCGCGAAAACCCCGCGGUUCAGACGGCACUCGAGCGCCUCAUACGUCCUGACCGCCAACAGAUUGUUGGCACAACGUCUAGGAGAUAAGGGGCGGGACGCGGAGGAGUAGACAAGACUGAAAGGAGGCUUAUUGGAAACUUUAGCUCCAAUAGCCGUGUGUAUUAAGUUGUAGCAGUUAAAAAGCUCGUAGUUGGAUCUCAGGCCCAGGGGUCCCCGGUUCAGUUAGUCUCUUGCCUUGUCUCUCUCCAGUGGGUGGUCUUCUCGAUGGCUAGCGUAUUUACUUCGAAAAAAUGUGAGUGUUCGAAGCAGGUUAAAGGUUUAUUUUUUUUAUAAAGGGAAAAAAGUUGUAUUUUCAAUGUAGUUUAGGGCCUCUAACUUCAUAUUUUAAUAAUUAUCAAUUAAAAACAUUAUUCAGUAAGGUUCUUAUAAUUAGACAUUUUAAUAUGUAGCCUAUCCGUCAAACCAAUGCUAGCCAUUUUGUGUCCUGGUCCCCAGAGUGUUCUGUUAGGUCUUGUUCUAAUACAAGAGGUUUUUCUGAACAGGAUCUUACACGCCAAAAUCAGGACAGACACACUCUACUCACACACUAUCUGCCUGGGCACUUGUUUUACUUUCUUUGAUCUGACUUUUUUUCUAAAAAAGGUUGGAAAGCUAUUGAUGUCAGGAGAAUUUGUUUGUGCAUCUAAGUUUGCAAGAAAACGCUUUGCAUUAAGGCACCACCUGGAAUUCCGCUGGGAAAGCUUCUAGAUCCCCCCCAGACCCCCGUAGGAAAUGGAGGGUGUGAGAAGGUGGAGGAACAUAUUGCUGUGUGUGUUAAUACAUAGUGCUAGGGUUAGUGCCCUCCCCCCCCCCCCAGGAAAAGGAGGGUGUGAGAAGGUGGAGGCACAUAUUGCUGUGUGUGUGUGUGUUAAUACAUAGUGCUAGGGUUAGCGGCCUCCCCCCUCAGGAAAUGGAGGGUGUGAGAGAUUGCUGUGUGUGUGUGUAUAAUUAUACAUAGUGCCUCUUCGCUCAAACGUUCUCUCAAUAUAUAAUUUGGAUCUAUAUCUGACCAUGGUGGCACUAUAUCUGACCAUGGUGGCACUAUAUCUGACCAUGAUGGCCAUAUAGUCUAGCUAUUGUUGUAGUACAAUGAGUGGUUCAAUAAUUUCCUCUACCUUGCUAUUUGCUGUACAAACGCUAGUCGUGCCUCUAGCAAUCAUUAGGAUAGACAUAGUACCAAACAAUCUGUUGUUUUUUGUUUUGUUUUUUGUUGAGGAACAGAAUGAAUUAUGUCUAUCAGACAUUUGACUUCAAUAAUUAUGUUUAAAUAAUUAUGUCUAUCAGACACUUGACUUAAUUGUCUAUAUCUGAACAAGUAAUGUCUAUCUGGAUGAUUAUGUCAAUGAUGCAAGUCAUGGUAUCUACAACUGCUGUAUAAUUUAUGUCUAUGGUUAAUCUUUUAUUUAUAAUUUUUUAAAGAUAAUUACCUGCUGUGAUCUAAUCAUGUCUUUAUCUGAUUUAUGAUGUAAUCGUGUCCUUAUCUGAUGUAUGAUCUAAUCAUGUUUUUAUCUGAUUUUUUAUCUAAUCGUGUCCUUAUCUGAUGUAUGAUCUAAUCAUGUUUUUAUCUGAUUUUUUAUUUAAUCGUGUCCUUAUCUGAUGUAUGAUCUAAUCAUGUCCUUAUCUGAUGUAUGAUCUAAUCAUGUCCUUAUCUGAUGUAUGAUCUAAUCAUGUCCUUAUUUGAUGUAUGAUCUAAUCAUGUCCUUAUCUGAUGUAUGAUCUAAUCAUGUCCUUAUCUGAUGUAUGAUCUAAUCAUGUCCUUAUCUGAUGUAUGAUCUAAUCAUGUCCUUAUCUGAUGUAUGAUCCAAUUCAAACACGUCUUGUGUCUAAUAAACAAACAAAUCGAAUCGAA